AUGACGGCUCUCUCAGAGCUCUUGUAUCAGCUUUAUUCAAAAACUAUAGUCCUAUUAACAUAUAUCCUAAUAGAACUUAUUCUCAUCAUUCGCUACCUAAAGUCAGAUACAAAUUCAAUUUCCACCACCCAAUACCUCAAUUUCAUUGAAGAGAACAACCCCACAAUUCGUUACACCAGAAGAUUGAAGGUAGACCACUUAGAUUGCAGGGUGUGCUUAUCAGAAUUCGAGGAAGGAGAAAAUGUGAGGAACUUGAAUUGCAAACACACAUUUCAUAAGGAUUGUUUGGACCAGUGGUUGAAGCAAUACUGUGCUACCUGUCCACUUUGCAGGAACAAAGUGUUACCAGAUCAUGUUGUGGAAAAGUACCAUCUUCUUCAAAACCAGCUUGAAUAUGAUGCCAAUGAUGACCAGCUUAUCUUUUUGUUGUCUGCAUUAAGGGGUGGUAGUACUUUGCACAGAUAUCUCUGA